CUAAAACAUUUAUAAACACGAUUAGAACCGAAUUAGGCACACACAAACACAAAAAUGCCUCACACACACGGGGGAAUAUCGGACAAAAAGACUGAACCAGAGGUCCCACCAGAUUAUGCCAUAUAUCAGCAUCCACAAACGGAUGAGGUAUUCCUGCACAGUCCAUCACUGGUCGAUGAUGUGCUGCAAUUUAUGGAAACCAUAGGCGAUGCCAGCAAAAAUGAGGCCUCCGCUGCCACCAAGGAGAAGAAAAACUACAGUGAAAAGCUGACGGAUGACAACUUUAUGGUCACCAGUCGUUUGAUAUUCGGCGCCAGCUAUAAGCGUAGCAGAUCAAAGACCAAAGUCACGGCCAAUACAAAUACGUUUACAUUCAUGCGGCAGGUCGAUCAGGAUCUAAAGAGCCGCCAACAGGCGCGCAUCGAGCGGGAGCGCGUGGCCGAAAACUUCCGGCGUUUGGGCAAUCACGAGUACCGCAAGGAGAACUACGAGCUGGCCGCACAGCACUACACCCGAGGUCUGGCCACCAUCAAUGACACCCCCGUGCUCUAUGUGAAUCGUGCCCUGUGCUAUCUCAAACGCCGUGAGUUCAAGCGUGCCAUCAUGGACUGUGAUUAUAUUUUAACGUAUUUGGAUGAGAAAUAUCUGCGUGCCUGGCUCUACAAGGCAGCCGGCCACAAACGUUUGAACGACGAGGAACAGUACCAGCGGAGUGUCUACAUGGCCAAGCGUUCGAAUCACACAGAAUAUGAAGCUAUUGACAACUUUUUGGAUAAGAUGCGAUCGUACCUUUGAGCGAGAACAUCAGAAAAAAUAUUCGGUAAACAAUCAAAAAAAAA